GGAAAUAAUAAUAUUCCAAUUAGAACCAGCCAAACCCUAGUUUUGUUUACGUCCGACCCCUUUCCAUCUCCCCCUUUCUUCUCUCCAAAACGUUUACCUUUUAUUUCUUUCUCUGCUAACCACGAACCAAAAACACAUCCUAAUCCGGAUGAAACAUAGCUCCAUAUAUCUCAAAACCCUAAUCACGAAUUAACAAGUAAAGAACCUUGUCCUACACUUCAAAACAAAAAAGGGGGUAAGUGAUUGGAAGAUGAGCAGUAGCGGAAGCCCUAGCAGUAGCUGUGGAGGAGGACCGUGCGGUGCGUGCAAGUUCUUGAGACGGAAGUGCGUCGCAGGCUGCAUAUUCGCUCCCUAUUUCGACUCCGAGCAAGGAGCGGCGCACUUCGCGGCGGUUCACAAGGUUUUCGGAGCAAGCAACGUUUCGAAACUCCUCCAGCAUGUUCCCGAGCACAAACGAGCAGACGCAGUCGUCUCAAUCUGUUUCGAGGCUCAGGCUCGUCUCCGAGAUCCUAUCUACGGCUGCGUCUCCCACAUCGUCUCUCUUCAGCAACAGGUGGUGAGUCUGCAAACUGAGCUUUCAUAUGUACAAGCACACUUAGCAACUCUAGAGCUGCCACAACCACCUCCAGCUCCGGUUACUUCCUCUGAAUCUCCGCCGCCUCUUUCCAUAUCAGACCUCCCCACAAUAACACCGUCACUGUACGAGCUCUCUCCCAUAUUCGAACCCAUGUCCUCCACAUGGGCCAUGCAGCAACAACCUCGACCGUUUGAUAAUGUUUUCGGCGUCCCGUCAUCGUCCACUAUCGAAGGAAGCGGCGAGCUGCAAGCUCUGGCUCGUGAUUUUCUUCAAGCUGGUGGUGGGCAAAUGCCAGGUGAUCAGCCACCGCCGAGGACCGGUGGUUCUGCCCCAACUGUGAUAAAACGAGAAUGAUAUACUACUUUAUGUAUGUGUUGGUUAAUUUGGACCUCAUGGGAUCUAUAGUUAGCCAUAUGUUUCUCCUUUGUUAUAUGUAUUUUUACUUGGUCGGAUUCGUAUUUUAAUUGUUGGCUGGAGUGUUAAUAUAAUUAAGUACUAUGAUGCUCG